AAAUACCAUUUUUUUACCAAAUGCGGUUGUAGUAGAGCACGUGGCAUCGCUUAUUUUUAUUAUAAACUAUAUCAAAACCAAAAUAAAUACAAAAUGCCAUUAGCUGUAGAUUAUCUACACCCUGCACCAGCAGAGGAAAAAAGGAAGCACAAGCUUAAGAGAUUGGUACAAAAACCUAACAGUUAUUUCAUGGAUGUGAAAUGCCCAGGUUGUUUUGUAAUCAAAACACUUUUUUCCCAUGCGCAAAAAGCUGUUCCAUGUGAUGGUUGCAAUUCCAUUUUGUGCACACCAACGGGUGGUAAAGCACGUCUGACAGAGGGAUGCUCUUUCAGAAGGAAAGUUCAGUGCUAGUUUUUAUUUAAAAAAAAAAAAUAAAAGACAGUAACAUAUUUUCUUGCAUGCAUGAGAGUUUUUUUACCAUCCAUAAGACAUCAUAUUUACUUACAACAUUUUUCAAACAAUUUUGAAAAGCUGAGUGGCUAAAUAAAAUAUUUUACAGACUAAUAGUAAGAGAGGAGUGUUUGUUACUGCUUACAACCAUCUAAUAAUAAACAAAUAAUAUCUGAAGAAAGUAUAAGUGAUGAGUAAAUAGAGAUCUGUUCUAAUGAUUUACUUAAUUAUGUGAUGAAAGCAUGCAUUGAUAUUUAGUUUCUUAAUAAAUUUUGGUAUGUUGUUCAAUAUCUAAUCUGUAAUUAUUAAAAUACCAGGUAAAAUAUUGAAUUUAGAUUAUAAAAAAUAUCAGUUAUGACUUGGUUCUAAUUUUCUAUUGAAUACUAUCAAAUACUAUACUUAAUUCUUUAAGGACCACUGUACUCCAGUUGGUACAAAGUUAAUAAUAAAUUUUAACACUAAGAUGAGGGAUAUUGAAUGUUUUCCAUUGAUGUGUUCAGUAUUUAUGAAAAUAAUACAAAAUUAAGAUAAAUUGAAUUCAUAACAAAUUCAAUUAUAAGUCAAGUAGAUUAAAAUUUUAUGAUAUCUUAAAA